AUGACGAAAGUACCAAAUUCCUUAUUCUCCAUAUGUACAGAAAAAAACUUUAAAGAUAUGGAUAUACAAAGUUAUAGAAAAAGGAAGCGAACGAAAUACAUUCACAGGUGUUUGAAUAUGAGAAAAUUGCAAAAAUGUAACGAUCAGAGAAAAAUGGAAAAUUAUUGCGUAUACAUAAAUUUGAAGGAAAUGUUAGUGAACAGCUAUUGCAAAAGUACAGGGUCUAAUAAAAGUGGUAAUUACAACGCGAGAACUACAUCAGAUGGUGACCCAAACAUAAUACUGGAUGAUCAGAAAAUGAGUAAAGAAGAAAGAAAUAACAACCACUACUGCUGCAAAUGUUCAAAUCACACAUUUGACAAUUGCUACAUCACAAGUCUAUAUAUUUUUGAAGGCAUUUUUCUAAUAGGUUGUUCAGGUGGAAUUGUAAGUAUAUUUGACAAAAACUACAACAAUAUUCUGAACAGACAGAUAACUGAUUCGGGUAUAAAAAAUAUGUCAGUUAGCGAAAAGGAAAAUGCUCUUUGUUUUUCUGACAACUGUGAUCAUCUUUAUUUCGUACAUUUAAAUGGGACAAGCAUGCUGAAAGGUAUAAAUUUUAAAUUAAGCAAAAAAAGCAAUAAGAAUGACGAAAACAUGGAAUGUACAAGUGCACCUAAUGGAAGAGAUGAUAAAAGGACCAAAUAUUUUGAUAAAGAUAAAGAACCUAUAUAUUUAAACGAUGAAAAGUAUGCAAAUUUAACGAAAAAAGAGAAAAAAAUUACACAGGCUUUUCUCUAUAAUAACAUUACUAGCUAUAAUGUAAAAAACUUAAAUUGUUGCAUAAUUAAUCCCUACUUUGACAAUUACCACAGUAAUAACAUUUGCACCUUGACAUCGAGUAAAAUUGUGUCUAUUUUAUAUAUUUAUGAAUUUCAUAUAAACAACACUGUUUUGUUUAAAGAGGAAAACAUUUUAAAUUUAUACUGGUACAACGUUUACAUUUUUGUAUGCACAAGUUCGUCCAUUUUCAUAACCAAUUUUUUUGACAAAACGAAAAUUGCGAAUAUGCUUUUAACUGACCCGGCCAUCGGUACUCAAACGAAUUUAGCGAAUUUCACACAAUUGGCAAAUUUCACACAAUUGGCAAAUUUCACACAAUUGACUAAUUUCACAACUUUCCCAAUGAACGAAAAAAGACAAUUUGGGAAUACACACUGUUUAAAUAAUGAAACCGAUGUUAAUAUUGAUUUUCCAUUCGUCGAUAAUGACAAGGAAAAGAAAGAAUAUUAUAAUGAUAAACUGGGAAAUUUGUCAAAUGAACAAAAUACAAACUGCUGGUUUAAUUCCGCUCAUAUAUGCAAUUUACAAAAAGGGUUCUUCAUUAUUGCUUUCGGAAAAAAUAUUAAAAUUAUAAAAAUUGAAAAAACAAACGGAAUUGAGAAAAUAAACGUUUUGAGUAAUUUUGAUGUAGAUAAUUAUAUACUCAGCAUAAGUCCAUAUUAUGAUUACCAUCAGGAUUUAUUAUGUGAUAGCAAAUUUUGCAUGUCUGUAAUUACGUCCUCGGGUUACACAUUGGAGGUGAGUGAUGUGAAAGCAAGACCACGCACCCUUGUGGAACAUCUCAUAUUAACAAGUGACAAUUAUUUAAUGUGUAGAAAGUAUCUUUAUCUUGAAUAUGCAUUAAGGUCAGAUGAAAAAAAGGAAACAAUUUGCAAAGGACAAGGGACAUUAUUAACCUUUACAACUUGUUGUGAUGGUGACACAAAAAUGGGAGGAACAAAUAAUAUGAACGUGGACUAUAACGAGGAUGCUUGCAGAUACUUGGAGAAUUCCCACGGAAUGAUUGAUCGAACUGAAGCAUACCCAAGGAACAUAUUCCAAUACAUAAAGUUUAAGAAGAAAAUAGGUUGCAAUUUGAUGAAGAGAAAAGGAAAUAAUGAAAAACAGUCCAGCUUGUACAUAUAUGGAAACAACAGCUUUUUUCAAUUUCGAUCGAAAAGAAUUAUGGAGUUCGUUUUUGAGCUUAUCGAAAAGAAUAAUAAAAAUGGAAAAAAUAUAUUUCUCUUAAUCAAUGAAUUAAGAAAAGAAAGAAGUUGCAGAAAAGAGUUAACUGAAAUUGUAUUAUUUUUUAUAUACGCCUUUUUAGAACACAAAAAAUAUUUCAUUGCAGCUGAAAUAUUUAUCAUGAUGUGUAACCACUUCUGUAACAAAAAAAAGGUUAUCUACAACAUCAUUAAAGCAUUUUUCCUUUACAGAAAAAUUUACAUUCUUUCACUUUUUUAUAGAAAAUUAAAAGAAGAAAGAAAAUGUCAAAAAAAAAGAAAUUAUUCCUUACACGCAAGAGGUGAUAAAAAAAGGUUCAUAAUGUUGCAUAAAAGAAGAAAAAAAAAAGUUAAAAGUAUUAUAUAUAUUCUUCAUCAUGCGACUACGAGGAGGAAAAAAAAUAGCGUUAUGAAAAGAGCAAAAAAACACCUUGACAAGAUAGAAGAAAAGAGAAAAAAAAAAAAAAAAAAAAAAAAAAAAAUUCUUCUCCGUUUGCAAAAAGAAGAAAAUUUUUUUUUUUCCUUUUUUAUAACGAAAAAACUAUUUAACAAAUUUUUGGUUUUUUUGUUAUUCACUGAUAUUUGCGAAUUUCAAAAGAUUUACGAAAUUUCACCCGACUCUCAUUUAAAUGCUUGCAUGUUAAUUAAGCAUAUCGCACACUACCUGAAGGACGACACUUUAUCUACUUUGAGGAAAGAAAUUUGUAGUAGUUGCUUCUCCUUCUCUAGAGGAAGAAACGAAAGAAACACAAAUGGAAGAAUCAUUACCACAGUAAGUAGUGGCGAUGUUUGUGACAUUGGUGGAGGCCACUUCAAAAAUAAUUGCUCUGAUCACAGCAGACGCAACUGCUACUUUUGUGAAAUCCUGAAAAAAAAUGAUAAAAAAAAAAAAAAAAAAAAAAAAAAACUUAAAAAAAAAAAAAAAAAAAAAAAAAAAAAAAAAAAAAUACUUUUAAAAAAAAAAUUCAAUAAGAUAAUUUUCAAAUUUAAAAUUCCUCUUGUGAUAUUCUCGGCAGUAUUACCUAAGAAUAGGGAGGAAGGAAAAAAAAAAAAAAAAAAAAGAGAAAAAGAAAAAAGAAAAAGCCAGCCAGAUUUGCGAAGCAGUAGCAGAAGUAGUGAUAGUAGUAGUGAAGGAACAAAUCAUGAUAUAGAAAUAACUGAAGGUAGGAAGAAAGAUAAACAAGUGAAGAAUCCGCUAACUGCGUGUUAUUCACAAGAAGAAAAUAACAAAGAAUGCACAAAAAAAAUUAAAAAAAUAUAUAUUUGUAACGAUAUUUGUAAGGAGAAAAACACAUGCGUAAUAAGAACAAAUAAUUUUGCUCACCACGAAAAGAGUAGUAAUCCCAGGUGCAAACGUAAGACCAACGAACUUAAUACUGGCUGCGAGAAGUUGCCACACCAGUCUCUGCUUCUGCAGCAUAAUAAUGGAUAUAAUGAGGGGAUCAAUUAUAAUGAUGAAAAAAAGAAAAUUUGUUUAACUAUGAAAUUUCCAACUGAAGAAAAAAAGAGUGAUGGGAACAUAGAGGAGGAGGAGGAGGACGACGACGACGAGGGUAUGGUACAUAUAGAAGUCAAGGAAGGCACACAUGUAGAAGCUACGAUAGGGAAAAAUGCAGAAGCAACGACCAUGACAUAUGUAAAAAACACAGGAGAACGGACCAUGUGGAACAAUCCAAAUAACAAAAUUGUAGUGGAAGGUGAGGAGGGAUACACAGAAGAACAAGAGUUGAAAAAAAAGAAAGGAAAAAAAGGAAGAAACAGAAAAAUAAGAAAAAAUCAAAAGAAGAAGAAAUCGUGUAGUAUCUAUACUAAUAACACACUAACGUUAAAAAAUCUGACGAAUGAUUACUUUUCUAGCAAAGGAGAAUAUCAUAGUAAUACCCCUCUAAAUUAUGAAGAGUUCGUUAAAAAAUAUUCACCACACCAUUGGAGUGUGUUUGAAAAGGAAUUUGACAACGUAAAAAAAAUGGAGAUUAUAAAAAUGUUAAUUGAGAUGAAAAAUAAAAAAGUGUUUUCAUAUUUAAAUAAAUGUAGUUGGCAAGUGCUUAAAAAAAUAAUAGAAAAUUUUGUUAUAAAAUUAUUUCGACUAAGUAAAAUUAAAACUGCUAAAUUGUUACUUAUCGUUAAAGUAAAGGAAAAAGGCAACCAUGAAUAUUUCUUCGAUCCAAAUGAUGUGAUAAAAAAAUUAAAAAAAAAGCCAUUCUUCCUGUACACAUAUUUGAAGCAUAUAAAAGAUAAAAAAUAUAUGACUCGAUACGCACAUUUGUUUCUAUUCCUCAUGUUUAUAUUUGAGCCUCUACUAUUACUAAAUUUUCUAUCCAAGUAUUAUAAGUACAUAAGUUUCAAGCGCGUCCUUUUUUUUAUAUCCUUCUUUAAUCAUCUCCACAAUGCAGAAGUGGAAGAAGCUGUAGAAGUGGAAGAAGUUGCAGAAGUGGAAGAAGUUGCAGAAGUGGAAGAAGUUGCAGAAGUGGAAGAAGCUGCAGAAGUGGAAGAAGCUGCAGAAGUGGGAAAAGCUGCGGAUGUGGAAACGGAGACAAAAGCAGGCCCGAUCGAAGUUGCACACGUGCCGGUUGCCACCCAAAACACUGAUGUGAUAAAGAACGGGGAUGACACAGUGCAGGGAAAUGAAAUAAAGGAAGAACCAAAGAGUGAUGAAUACCAAAAUAAUGAACAAGGGGAGGAGAAAAAAUCUCAAAGCAGUGUGCCUAAUUACACCAAAUCGAAAGUUAAUCAUUUUGAAAACAAAAGAGUUAUGUUACUGUAUAGGCAUCUACUGAACGAGAAAAUUGAGAGGGAAAAAUUGAUUGAAUUGUUUAAUUUUGUAAAAUAUUGCUCAAAAAAUUGUAAGAAACGUGUGAAUUUUUUUCUGAACGUUAAAGCAUUUUUGUACCUAAAAUUUGGGUACAUAAGUAAGGCAUUAAAAAUAUACACAAAAUUAAGUAAUUACGCUGAAAUAUUUUACAUUAUGAAAUUUCAUAAUGUGUCAAUUGAUGAUGAUGUAAUGAAAAAGGUAAAGCAUAAUUUGACGUCUUCAAAUUAUGCUACUUUUUUAAGCCAUAUAGAUAAAGAAGGAGGAUUAUUAGAUAAAAUGUUUAUCGACAUUCAUUCCUUAGCUGACAUGACAACAAAUCGGAAAAAGUGGAGAAAAUUUUUCUUAUCAAUGGGUGGUAAUGAUUAUAUAUUCAAUUCAACGCCAUUUGCAAAUUGUGUAAUCGAUGAUACUGGUGUUGAUGGUGUUAACAAGGAGAAAAAUUUGAAUGAUGAUAAGGAGGAGAACAGUUUGAAUGAUGUUAAGGAGGAGAAAGAUUUGAUUGAUGUUAACGAUGCUAACGAUAUUAACUGUGUUGGUGAGAGAGAUGAACUGGGCAACGUUCUCUCUCGCAAAGUUAACAAAUCGGAUGAUAACUUGGAUGCCAAAAGUAAAAAAGGGCAUAAUGUAACUGAAGUGAAAAAAUUGCUUACUUUUAAGAGAGCAGAAAAGAAAGAGGGUAAAGAUGAAACGCAUUUACAAAAUGGGAACCGUUCGAAUGAGGAUGAUAAUAGUUGUGUUGAUUUGAGAAGUGAGCCUUAUGGAUAUGGUCAUCCAGACGACAAUUCAACUUUUGCAAAAAGAAAAAACAGAAUUCAGUUAGAGGGAGAAUCGAAAAGUCGAGGGAAUUAUAGCAUUAUCGAAUCCUAUGUGAAGAGAAGAAAUGCCCAUUUUGAUAAUUUGAAUAGGGAAAUUAUGUACAAUUUGUAUGACGAUGGAAAUACAAAGAAUAGGAAAAAAGAUAAACUAUUUCGUAAGAACAAGAAUAAAAAAAGCAUACAGAAAUUUCAGAGUAAUAGCAGCAAAGGCAGCAGUAGGAGCAAUAGUAAGAAGCGGAUGGAGGAGGUUCUUUCCGCGUGGAGUGGGGAUUCAUCAUUAAAUAAGCAUAAAAAAAUGGCUAUAAAAAAGUAUCUAAUUGAUAAUUUAAGUGACGAAAUGCAUUAUGUAACUCUCGUGAACCUCCUGCAGGAAUUAUUUUACGCAAAUGAACUUUGCGAUAACUAUAACAAAAUAUUGAUAGGAUGCAAAACGAACACUUUCAAUUAUUUGAAUGAAAUUAAAAAAAAAGGUUAUGCAAUAUAUAAUGGAUUAAUAAAAAAAGAAACAAAAAAUAAUCAUUUAUAUUUUCUAGAUAUAAAUGAUUACUAUUUUUUGAAUGAAAGUAGUAAUGAUGAAACUUGGAAACAGUUGGAUCUGUUAAUGCCAUACAUGAAUGAUAAUACAUCAGCAGAAAAGAAAGAGGAGGAAGAGGAGAGGUUGGGAAGCAUGGGAGAAUUACUACCUCUACAUAUUCAAAGAGAAAUACCACCAAAUUAUUAUUUUUAUGAUCAGAUUCAUGAUAAAUCAUAUGUUUCGAAUUUUUCUUCCUUUUGUAGUUUAUGUCAGCAUAAUAUUUAUCGUCAUGCAUAUGCAUCAUUGGGUAAGAGAAAAAAAAACAGAAAUAAUAACAUUCUUGCCUUUUUUUUUUGUAAUCAUAUGUAUCAUUUGAAAUGCCUUAGGGAUCGGAAAUUUGUUUGCCUCGUGUGUCACUAG